GAGGCCUCAGAAUGCAUCUGUAGCUUCUAGCGCAGGACGUAUGCGAUGAGCGAGGGCACAUACGAGACCGCGCACAAGAGGCACGAGGCAGCGCUCACUGAGGCUUUGACUCACUUUCGCUCGUUGCUGGCGAGCGUGCACUCCAAGUCAUGGAAGCCCUACGGCACAUCGAGCAGCGCUUCGAGCACUGCCCCUCCAAGCGUCAAGAAUGGCGCAAUGGCCAAUGUCAGCUCGUCAAUGUCAGCUGCAGCGGGCAAGGCAGUAGCACAAGCUGUUGCUCAAGCCGUGUCGUCCACUGGCUCGAGUCCGGCGCUGGGGUCUGCACUAUUUGGCAAGCCGAAAGCACAGAUAGGCCAACUUGAGCCUUCGUCUGUGCGCGUGCAUCGACGGUCAUCAAAGACAGUCAGCAUCAUACGAGCUAUUGCAGAAGUACCCAUCUCAAACGCAGAAUACCUUGACAUCAACACCUUCAAGGCAGCUCUUCAGACUCCCGAAGUAUGGUCGCAGUGGAAUCAGCUCAUCGAGCGCGCUCAGCUGCUCGAACAAGUCGAUCCAGCUACGCGUAUCACAAAGACUGACUACGUUCUGGGCUGGCCUGCCAGUCCGAGAGAUACCGUGACCAUCUCGCGAACGUUUCAAGAUGCAGUGACUGUCAUAGACGUCGCUACCUCACUGCCGCGCAGUGCCGAUGAGCCUGCCUAUCUACGACCUUCACCACCUUUCGUGCGAUCACAGAACCAUUUGCUAGCAUGGUGCAUCCAGAUCCCCACGACUAGCCUUCAGCAACCAUUUUCAGGGUCUGCGUUCGAUCGCAAUCAAACAGAGAAUGUCAUGGCCAGAAUUACGAUGUUCUGGCAAUGGGACCUCAAAGGCACCGUCGUUUCCAGUCAUCACACGCAGGUAGCGAACAUACUCUCCAACUUCGUCAGUUUCGUUCGCGAGAAAGGCGAUACCCUGCCGUCUGUGAUGAGCUAUGGAAAAUCGCUAGAGCUUGUUGCAAAAGCCUACGAUCCGGGGCAAGAGACACUCUCAACUGAUUAUACCAUUGUUGCGGAGGACGACUUCGAUCACCGUGGUGACACAGAUCCCAAGGGCAUGGACGAGCUUGCGUCGCAGCGAGAGCGUAAGCGCUUGGAGCGAUCGAUAGAAUUCGCCUUGCCUGCAGGUCAAGGCUGGGAUGUUGCCGUUAUCGUGCGUGGUCAAGGAGACGACGUCAAUACAGAUUGGCAAUCUUCCGUCGAAAAUAGCUCGACAGAUUUCUCGAAGCCUUCGCACAUCGGAUCCGGUCAUCUUGUCUUACGACUGAGCCAUGCGCGAUUGCUACGAGCAGACGAGCUCGUCAGCGUCAAAGUCAAGAUACAGCGCUUGGCAGGCGGUCGGAGCGUGCGCAUCAACAAUAAAUCUGCAAAAGUUGUCGAUGUUGAGGUCAAAAACCCCGCUGCUCUUAGCAGACAGAUCCUCGAGGCGCCUGCGGAUGAUACGACUCAGCAGACCAGCUCGACUAUCCAAUCUGUGCCUACAGCACCCAGUCUGACGACUCUUCCUUCGAAAGCCCGCGCGAACGCCAUCUCAAUAGCUAUAGGCUCGCUGGUCAGCCGAUCGUAUGUCUACUUCACGUCACUCCUGCAGGAGCCAGAAGCCAAAUGGAGACACAUAUCAGACACAAAGGGCGUUACAGUCACUCAGCUCAACUCUCUGGAUCCUACGCUUGCAAUAUACAAAGCGGAAGCGACCUUUGUCGGGGUAGGAGUAUGGGAUAUCUAUUGCGCCAUCGCUACUGCGAGCGCUCGCCUCAGCUGGGAUAAGACGGUUGAAGAUGUACAUCUGCUCGAUCACGUCAACGAGCUCAGCUCGCUGUGGUACUUCAAAACCAAGGCUGCUUGGCCGGUAUCGGCGCGAGACUCUGUGUUGCUACGCACGACGUAUCGCUCACCAUCGUCCGUGCACGUGUUCUCAUUCUCUGCAGACGAUACCAAUCUAUUUUCUGCCAUUCCUGCCGUUGAGUCUGCAGUCAUUCGCACGCAGACAGACGUUUACGGCUGGGCGAUCGAGGCUCUCUCCCCUACAACAACCCAAAUCACGCUAAUAGAGCAGUCCAAUCCUAAAGGGUGGUCAAACAAGUCGUGGAUUCCACAGCAGAUGAUAAGCUCAGUAUCGGGUGUGGGUGACUUUGCGAUAAAGCAUGGCGGACCGCCUGUGCUUACCAGACUGCUUGGCGGCAAGCUACUGUCAACGGCGUAUGAGCACGAGCGAUCUUUGCUCAAGCUCGAGUAUGUGGCUGCACCCCGGUCGUCAGCACCAGACACGCGAACACUUGCAUUGUCAGAAGAGACGACGACCACGGAUGCAGAUUCGAUCAUAUCGGCAGCGCCUGGGUCUAUCGAAUGCGAGCUUCGAUGCGACACACAUACUUGGGCAAGUAGCCUUGACAUCGUUAUCGAUCCACCUCCAUCCAAGGUGUCUUGUCUGAGUCGGCAUCGCCUGUCCUCAGGUGCCGGCUGCUGGAUUACAAUCGAGCACGAGAACAGCGCAGUCAUGUCUGAUCGCGUGCUGGUUGUCGUUCGCAAAGGGGCACUCGGACGUGAGAAGGGCUCGGUCGUCGUCAAUGGCUGCAAGGCGCAUGUCGAUAUCGAGGAUAUGCCAGACGACGAGGUCAAAUUGCUAGCCACGCGCAAGCGCGUCAAGGCAAGUCCGAUCCCAUUGGAUCAGUACCCAGCGAUUACGCCUAGCGCGUGGAGAGGCACCCCGACGCUCUCUGCGCUAGGUACGCCAGCACUUGGUAGCACGAACAAUCCGCUUGAAACGCUUGACAGUAGCGAGAGGGCAUCAAUGUCUGACGCCCCGCGCAAGCCGCCACUUUCUUACGCCCUUGAGGCGCUUGCAUGGCUGCAAGCAUUGCACGCCGAGCAGAUGGCGGAUAUGACCUUGCAGCCCGUGGGAUGGUCCCUUGUGACAGAGAAGCCGGCGGCCGUCCGGAAGAAGCUCCUUAGUCACAUCUCGAGCACACUGCCAGUAUUUCGCGCCGACAAGAUCGUGCAAGGCGUCACGGCAGAGCAAAUGUGCAGCAUCGUCUCCCUGCCUGGCUAUAGAGCCGCGUGGGAUGAUCGCGUCGAGUCCGUGCAACUUUUAUCGUCGCAUGGCCACGGCUGCACGACAUCGUUGAUGACUACCAAGUCUGCAUUUCUCACUUUCCGCGGUCGAGCGUUCUAUCAUGCCACUGUAAAUGCUCACUUCAAGCUUCCCGCGCCGUCUGCUGGCUCCAGCACUUCAACUGUCUACCUGUGUGCGACAGCUUCGUUUCAGCCAAGCGCAGGGCAAACAGAUGAACUCAAUCCGCAACGCCUGCCGAAUGGGCAGACUUUGCUCGAUGGUUGGAUCCUCGAGACGCUUGAUCCUUAUACGUCAAACGACUAUGCUAUCCCCUCGACGCGCUGCUCUUACUUCUCGGCAGUCGAUUACUCUGGAUCAGUGCCAGCUGCGUUCAACUCGAUGCUGAACGCAAAUUUGGCCCGCGUCAUUGAUGCUGUCGAGCGCUCGGUCAAGACGCGUGGUGCAGCACCGCGUCUGUAUCAGCCUGGCACAUCCUUACAAAUCGAAGGACCCCUUAGCAGUGGGGUCAGUGAUGAGUGCAAGUGGGUCAUGACAACAGACCCGGCUAAAAGUGUAGCGGCGAAUGAAGACGCCGACUCUGUCAGCGGAUUUUAUGCAGUGUCUCUCGUUAUCCCAAAACACAGCAUGACUCUGGGAUCUGUGCCACCGGAGCAAGAACGAGCCAGCGCGGUCGGCCUCCCAAAGAGCAGCUCGAAUUACACGUUGUCAUCAAUUUCUGCCAUCUCAAAGGGCCAUACGCUACGCAAGCCAGCUUCAUCGGCCGAGCUGCGUAGUAGACCCAGCAUUCCUGCUCUCAAAACUGCGCCGAACCCUCAAAGUAUCGCGGCGCGGCCGAAGACAGAAUCGGACGGACUCAACUCGCCCGUGGACGAUCUAGUCGUUGGCGAGAUCAUCGUCGACUCGCGGCGCUACCCAGCCGGCUAUAACAUCCAGCAUCAUGCACAUUUUGGCGAUGGCCAGAUUUUGCUUGGCGGCACAGACCAUAAUUAUGCCACGUCCGCGCUACCUGUCCAGCUGCGAAUUCAUGAACUACCACUUUCUACAGUUGUCGCAGCAUCAGUCGGCGCGCCGCAUCGGUAUCGUGACCACCUCAUUCGAAUCAUGCUGCCGACGGGUGCAAUAGAGCAUCCUGUACGCGAUCCGCUCAUGGAAGACGAACCGGCUGCUCGGCCUCACUGGUACCGACGGCUGCUCUCCGAAGGCAUUACUCUGACUUUGAAUAUCGCACCCACGGAGGGAGGCGCUGCUGAUACGGCAAUGACUGCGAGUUAUGACGGCACAACACUCGGUAUCAUCAGCGAGCAAGCAAGUCGGCGCUUGCUCGACAUACGCGAAGAGCAAAAUUGGCUCUCGAGCUCUGCACGCCUCAGCAGAGUGCCCAUACGUACUGGCGAUGCUACCUCCACCGUCGCAUUGCCGGCUGGCCUCAUACAGCCUUUAGCUGCUCGGUCUGAGGAUACUUCUGCCGCAAAGGGUACAGCCAGCAGAUCAGCGAGCCAGGAAAAGCAUAGUCGGGCGCAGUCGGGCCUCGCCACUCCGAUUGAUGGACAAAUUGAUCCGAGUGAAGGCAAGCGCCCCAUCGACACUCUGGCCAGAACAUCUGCAGCGAAUCAAGAUGAUAUUUCGGCCACGACGGGCGUGCUAGGGGGCUUUCCGCUGGCUAAGAUGACAACGGCGGUUGCCUCAUUCGACGCGUCUAUGCAGACAAAGGCAGCUGUCUCGCUGACGAUGCUCAUCUUGGUUGCGGUCACUUCAUUUUUGUUGGGAUCCCUCAUGCGUUCUAUGCUGUCACCUGCCGAUUUCAUCUUUGUUUCGCACAGCAGUAGCCUCGACGAUGCUGUCAUACGAGCGCUCGAAGCCAAAGGCCAAGGCUGGCGGAUCGCAAAACGUCUGCUCGAGCUCAAAAUUCCAGGCUUACAUUAUGACUUCAUGAUAUCAAUCGCACGACACCCAACUUGA